GCUGCGGUCCCGUGAGGAGCAUGGCGGCGUCUUCCAGCGGCGAGAAGGAGAAGGAUCGGCCGGGCGGUAGCUCGGGAACGGCGGGCAGUAACAGCACGCGAGAGCGACUGCUGUCUGCGCUGGAAGAUCUGGAGGUCUUGUCGAGGGAACUUAUAGAAAUGCUGGCAAUUUCGAGAAACCAAAAGUUGUUACAGGCUGAGGAGGAAAACCAGGUUCUGGAGUUGUUAAUUCACAGAGAUGGGGAAUUUCAAGAACUAAUGAAAUUGGCACUUAAUCAGGGAAAAAUCCAUCAUGAAAUGCAAGUUUUAGAGAAAGAAGUAGAGAAGAGAGACAGUGAUAUUCAGCAACUGCAAAAACAGUUAAAGGAAGCAGAACAAAUACUGGCAACAGCUGUUUACCAAGCAAAAGAAAAACUGAAAUCAAUAGAGAAAGCAAGAAAAGGUGCCAUCUCCUCUGAAGAAAUAAUUAAGUAUGCACACAGGAUUAGUGCUAGUAAUGCUGUGUGUGCCCCGCUGACCUGGGUUCCAGGGGACCCACGGAGACCUUACCCAACUGAUUUAGAGAUGAGAAGUGGAUUAUUGGGUCAGAUGAACAAUCCUUCCACCAAUGGUGUGAAUGGUCAUUUACCUGGGGAUGCACUUGCAGCAGGCAGAUUGCCAGAUGUCCUCGCUCCACAGUAUCCCUGGCAGUCAAAUGACAUGGCAAUGAAUAUGUUACCACCAAACCACAGUAAUGACUUUUUGUUGGAACCUCCGGGGCAUAAUAAAGAAAAUGAAGAUGAUGUAGAGGUUAUGUCAACAGACUCCUCGAGUAGCAGUAGUGAGUCUGAUUAA